AUGAAAAAAAUCAUUGUUUACGAGCAUGCCUCUAAUGGAUGUCUGAGUAGGUAUUUGAACGACGCUAGCUUUUCAUGGUACACAAGACUUAAGAUAUGCAUUGAUAUUGCAAACGGGUUGAAAUAUCUUCAUGGAGGUGAUGGAGGACAAGAUGUGGUGAUACAUAGAGACAUAAAAAGUUCCAACAUUCUACUCACCAAGGAUUGGAAAGCAAAAAUUUGUGGUUUUGAGCUUUCCCUAACAUAUCCAACAAAUCAGAAGAUGGAGCUUGCCAUCAGUGAUGUUGUAGGAUCACCUGGCUAUUGUGACCCAUUGUAUUGGAAAACACAUACCUUAACCAAAGAAUCUGACAUUUACUCACUUGGUGUGGUUUUAUUUGAAAUCUUGUGUGGAAGAUCCGCAUGUCUAGAGGAGUACACAGAUGAAUAUCGGUUUUUAGAUGUAUCGGUUAAACGUCACUUUCAAGAAGAACCACUUAAUGAUAUAUUGUUUGAGGGCAUAAAGGAACAAAUUGUGCUGAAAUCAUUGUUUACAUUUCAAGAAAUUGCAUUUCAAUGCUUACAUGAAAAGAGAGAAGAACGACCAACAGCCGGUGAAGUGGUAACAGAACUUCAAAAAGCAUUGGAAUAUCAAGAGGCUUUUGAAAUAUGGGAGGCCAAAUUGCCUAGAAACUACAAAGAAAUACUUCAGUCAUCAAAGUGCCCUAAGACUAACUCAACGAUAGCAACAAAGGAUAUCUACAACACACUCUCCAAGGGUAUCCUCCUUAAAGAUGAUAACCUCUCAUCAUCGUCUACUCCUGCAAAUAGAACAACGGAUUCCAUCUCAACCGCACUUUGA